AUGGCCUGGCUGUUCUGUCCUGUCCUGUCCAUGUCCAUGUCGGUGUCUUUCCCCGCACAGGAGCCGCGCUGCGCCACACCACGCCAUUGCCAUGCCAGUAUGCCAGUUGCCACCGAGGUAAACAGCAUAGCGACGGCUCAGCAUAGAGACAAGUCCAGCGCUCAAGAGAGAGAGAGCAAGCCUUUCGGCCUCGCGUGAUGCAGCAGCAGCAGCCGUCCGUCCGCGCCGUCACCAUCCCCUUCGCCGACCUUAAGGAUCGGGGCAAGGACCUGGGCGGCUUCAUCGAGGAAGGCUUCGGGCCUCAGGGGCUCGGCAUCGUCUCCAUCGCCGGCGUACCCGGUUACCCAGAGCUCAGGAAAAGGCUGCUGCGCUUGGCGCCAAGGAUCGUCAGCCUUCCUGAUGAUGUGAAGAAACAACUGGAGGACCCAGAUAGCAGAUACCACUUUGGUUGGAGUCGUGUAGAAGAGAAAUUCGAGUCUGAAAGAUGGGACACAGCCAAAGGCUCCUACUUCGCCAACCCAGUUUUUGAUGUCCCAACAACUGAUGAUGAGCUUGUAACUAGAUACCCAUCAUACUGCCGACCAAACAUAUGGCCAAAGGAUCAUCUUCCUGAGCUUGAAAUAGCAUUCAAAGGUCUUGGAAAACUGAUGUUGGAAGUUGGCUUGAUGUUGGCUCAUCAUUGUGAUCGCUAUGUAAUACAGCGAGGGGUGGGACAGUACAUUGGUGAAAGCCUUGAGAAGACACUUGCUAGGUCAAGGUGUCCCAAGGGUCGUCUGCUGUACUACUUCCCCAAAUCGUUUAGCAAACAGGACGAAGUUUCGUCAUGGUGUGGAUGGCAUACUGACUAUGGAUUUUUGACAGGACUUACAUGUGGCUUGUUCACGAGAAAAUCAGAGGAGGUCCCCUGUCCUGAUAUUGGAACUGGGCUGUAUGUUCGGACUCGUGAUAAUCAAGUCGUCAAGGUCACACUUGUGGAUGAUGAGUUGGUCUACCAAAUUGGGGAGACUGCUGAAAUACUAUCAAGAGGGCAUCUAUGUGCAACCCCACACUGUGUGAAGGCUCCCAGCAGCGAAGAUGCUUCUGACGUUGGUCGCUCAACUUUCGUUCUGUUUAUUCAGCCAAACUGUGCAUUCCACCAACCAGGACACUUGCGUACGGCGAGUACUCCGAAAGAGUCUUGGCGAGUUUUAGCGGCAAGAGCGUGGAACAAACCUUGAUGCCACAGUAAGAGGCUCCAGCCAGAUGAAUACUCCCUCUGUUUCUUUUUAUUUGUCGCUGGAUAGUUCAAUUUUAUACUAUCCAGCGACAAUUAAAACGAAACGGAGGGAGUAUAUCAUAUGUAUGAUACCAUACCAUUCAAGCUACAGAUAAGUGGACAGAAGCAUAUGCUGUUGUGGGAUGGAUGAAUCGCACGCAGCUUAAAAUAAUGCAACAAUAAGACUUUGUUUGCAUACCUACCAUCGUAGUGACACAUGUGAAUUGAGACGAAUAACAAAGUGUUUACACGAGACCUUUUUUAAAACGGGUAUUUACACGAGACCUA